GCAUUACCAAGUGCAAAAGGUCGCAUCGAUGGACAUGGCUCAUCGAAAUGCAUCCUCACAUGGCGUCGUGAGGAAAAUGUCGAGCAAUGGUCUGACGCGCAGCAGCCAAGAAUGCUUCUUGUUCUGGAUUUUCUCGGCGACACAUCCACAAACGAAAAGCGUACUUUAACAAGACUUAUUGGUGCGUCCACUGCAUCUCGGAAGGUAACGCCGGGUUUGGAAUGCGAUCCAAAUAAGCCACCUAUUGAGCAGUUAAUGCUGGAUGCGAGAUCUACGGAGCAGUCACGAUCAACUUCAAAAGAACCAGAGACACCGAAGACACCGAAGACAAUUGAACAGCAAAAGACAAACGUUCCCGAAAAUGUAAUGGAAAGUUUCGGCGACUGGCUCAGUCGACAGUCAAAAGAAUCUAUCAUUGGAUUAAUUUUAUUUGCGUUAUUCUGUUAUUUUCUGGGAGUGAUUAAUUCUAAACGAAGAAAGAAUGACGAGUGA